CCGCAAUUGUAGUUUCCCAUUGGCUCUUCUAGAAUAAAAUCGUAGGAACAACUCCGUAGUGUGGUUCUUGGCGAUAACAGUUGACGGUAGCAGCAGUGUAAUAAGGCAGGCAAAAUGGCGAAUAUGGCAGUAUCCCGCAUCAAACGAGAAUUUAAGGAAGUUCUCAAAAGUGAAGAAAUUGUACAGUGUUCUAUCAAACUAGAUAUAGUCAACGACAACUUCACAGAAUUACGUGGUGAAAUCGCCGGACCACCGGAUACGCCUUAUGAAGGAGGCAAAUUUCUGCUCGAAAUUAAGGUCCCGGAAACGUAUCCUUUCAAUCCACCGAAGGUUAAAUUUAUCACAAAAAUUUGGCAUCCAAACAUUUCCUCGGUGACCGGAGCCAUCUGUUUGGAUAUUCUGAAAGACAACUGGGCCGCUGCCAUGACUUUGCGCACAGUCUUGCUAUCGUUGCAGGCUCUGCUAGCUGCUGCUGAACCGGAUGAUCCGCAGGACGCCAUAGUAGCCACACAGUAUAAGGACAACCAUGAGAUGUUCAUCCUAACUGCUAAGCACUGGACUAACGUGUACGCCGGAGGGCCCUGUCGAAAUUCGGACUUCGAUCAGAAAGUGCAACGAUUGCGUGACAUGGGUGUGGUCGAUUAUGAAGCACGGGCUGCCCUCUCGCGACACAACUGGCACCUGGAACGUGCGUCCGAGCAGUUGUUUAGUUAGUUUUAUCAAAUUCGGUUCCCUACUACAGAUACUUGUCUUUUGCGUCACUGAUUUGUUUUCCGUUACAUUCUUUUAUGUCGAGACAAGGUUGAGAAUUUUUGUGAGGUUAUGAACAUAUUCAAAAUAUAUUGCAAAGCAAAGGAGGAGUCAAAUAUUGUACCAUCGCCACCCGUUUCGAAAUGCAUGCAAAAACCUAUGAUUAAUAUUUGAUACCUAAAUUAAUUUCACAAAGAACGAAAAAAGACAAGCAUAUAAUAUUAACACUAAGGAGCUUGAUGCAGAAGACGGAAGGUGAUAUAUCUUUAAAAUAUAGAAAACCAUUGAUGAUUUCGCUA